GUUACGGGAUAAGUACAUGCAAGGGAAGCUUUUAAACCUUAACUGCAAUCCAAUGGUGGAAGCAGAUUUAGAAAUAGUAGUAGAAGAAAAAGAAAAUAACUUACGAUUGAGACGUUUUACAGGAUGAGAUAGAUAUAGCUUCAGAUCAACCAUCACAAAAGCGGAUUGCCAAAGAACCGUUUUGUAGUCAAGUAGUCAGUCCGUGCACUAUAUCGAAGAUGGCGGCCUUCAGACCGAUCUAUAUGUUCUUAAACCGUGGUGUAAUACAAACACCAGUCAGAAAAAUAUCAACAACUAUUAACAAUGCUUCAGUAAUGACAAUAAUGGAAGCAAGAGCAUCUCUCAUGGAAAUGGUUGGUUUGAAACCAGAAUUAACAGAGAGCGAUCAAGCUUAUAUGGAUUCCAUGUUUCAAGAUAUUCCAAAAAAACAAGAUGGCCUACCUGUGCGUAGUAUAAAAGAUAGUUAUAGAGAAGUUGUAAUACCACUUGGUUCCGAUCCUGCUUUACAAUCUAAAUACACAAAUUUCUAUAAAGGAAUCAGAUUUGGAAGAAUUAUGGAAGAUCUGGAUACAUUUGCUGGUUUAAUAUGUUAUACUCACAAUCGAAGAGGUAAAAAUGAAAGAUCUCCAUUAUCAACUGUGACAGCAUUAGUUGAUAGAAUAGAGCUGGGUAACUUCACAGUAUCAGCAUUUACAGACAUCAAACUAACUGGUAAUGUAACUUGGGUUGGUACAUCAUCUAUGGAAGUUACAAUGGAUGUACAUCAGGUGAUUCAAGAUGAGUUGCAGAAAGUAAUGAAAGCCACAUUUUUAAUGGUGGCUAGAAAUCCUGUUACUGGAGGGUCAGCAGCUGUCAAUCCUUUAAAAGCAGACGGACCAGAAGAGGAGGCAUUGGUGAAAAAAGGAGCAUCAAACAAAUUAGCUCGUCAGUUAGAGGCUAAAAAAUCUCUAUUAAAAACCCCACCAAGUCAAGAUGAAGGGGAUUUGAUCCAUGGUUUAUUUCUUCAAACCAUUGAUGUCAAAACAUCCACAUUAAAAGUUCGAGUAAAACCAGAGAAUACUGAAUGGAUGGAGAACACCAUAUUAAAAAAUCUUUCAAUUUGUCAUCCUGAGCAAAGGAACCUGUAUAAUAAAAUUUUUGGUGGCUAUCUAAUGAGAAAGGCCUUUGAAUUGGGAUGGGCAAAUGCGGCUCUAUACAGUAAAACACGUCCUAUUACAAAGGUUAUUGAUGAUAUUGCAUUCAGGAAAACAGUUGAAAUAGGAACUGUGUUAUUUCUAUCCUCACAGGUUGUCUACACAAAAGGAUCACAAAUGCAGGUGAAAGUUCAUGCUGAAGUUGUUGACCCUACUGUUGGUAAACAUGAAACCUCCAAUGACUUCCAUUUUACCUUUGAUUCCCAGCUAGAUGAUCUAACGCAGGUCAUGCCAAAAACUUAUGCAGAAUCUAUGAUGUAUUUGGAUGGUAAAAGACAUUUCGAGAGUUAAUUAGUUAUUCUUGAACCUGCCAAAGAGAGCAAGGGCAGAUAGUGGUGUAUAUAGAUAGUGCUAUUUUUUUAGUUGUUAAAUCGGUUCAAAAUACAGAUAUAAAGCAAUCUUUACAAUAUUAUAUAAAUCUUGGCUAUCAAUUUUCAUUUCGUACUUAAUGAUAGUUAAGAUGAGUAGAUUUAGACAGCUGUAUAGCUUACUUAUCAGUUUCUUUAAAUUUGAUAAAAGAUAGAGUUGCCAUGUCUGUAGACCUGUUUGGCCGAUCACUGGUGAGUGGCGAUGAUAGGUUAAUCAUGUAUAAAAUAUGUGAUAUAAAGAAUGUAGUCAUACUGUAAAAAAAAAAAAAAAAAAAAAUUCUGUAUUGAGCCAUAUGAAAAAAAUAUUCUGGUUCCCUGAUAAUCCCACCUAAGUUAAAAAGUGCCACAUGACCUGUUUUUAUUUUAAGAAAAAAACUAAUCUCCUUAAUUACUGCACGUAAACGUUUUAACCCCGGUUACAGGAAGUAGCUCUAUAAAAAAAAAUUGAAUGAAUCCAGAAAUGUGUUAUAGACUCAUAUAUCAAGUACACAACCCCCAUAAAUGUUACUGACAAUCAUAAAUGAUACUGGAUAAUCAUGCAUUCCUAUAAACAACAUGAUGAGAUAAAUGAUGUGUCUUUGACGAAAUAAAAACCUCCCUCUUGCAUCCAAUUUUUUGUAAGGAUUAUCUUAGAACCAGAAUAUUUCUUUUGUAUGGCCUUAAAAUGCACAAAGCUAUACAAGAGAGAUUUAUAUACUUAUUUGGUUAUGGUAAUAUCUUUGUUGUACUAUUGUAUAUCACUAAUUAUCAAUGAAAAUAUCAUAGAUAAUAUAUAUGUUUAUACGCAAUUUUCAUGUGGACAUAUUUUGUCGUCACCCCUGUCCAUCCGUCCGUCCACAUUUUGUUUGCAGACACUGUACAAGUCACAAUUUUUAUCUGAUUCUAAAUAAACUUAAAUUAUAUGUUUAUAUCACAAAGAUCUUGUUUCUUUAGAUAUUAACACAUGUUGGAUCAUAAUAUCCUAGAUUAUGGCCCCUAAUUGUACGAAAAUCGCUUUCUUAGCUUGUUCUUUGUCCAUCUCUUGCAAUAUGUGGGUGUAUCUUGCAUAGCAACCACUUGUUUAAUGAUAGAUACACUGGAUCUUUCACUUAUAUAUUUACACCUAUAAGCACUUGGACUGCCUGAAACUACUGCUCUCUCUCUUUAGCUCCUCAUUCAAACCGAGUCACAGGAAUACUGUGAACUAUUCAAGGACCAUAUACUGGUCGGUUUCAGGCAGUUUCGAAAUUGAGCUCUAAAUAUUAAUGUAAAAAACAUCACUUUUCUCAAGUUUUUUCAGGGAACCAGGAUUUAAAGUUUGUGUAGACAGACAUAACUGUUAUUAAUGCUGUGUUAUUUGUUAUACAUUUGAAAUCAUUUGUGUAUAUAUGUCUAAGUAUGUCUACAUACAGACAAACCUUUUCUGGUUUAAAGUGCCAUUUUAUGCUUAAAAAUUCACCAAUUAUCUAUCGCAAGAAACCACAAGGAUACUUCUGACAGCGAUCUGCAAUAAUGCACUAAUUCAAUAAUGUUUUUAUGGUGAACUGAGCUCAAAGAUUAAUUUAUUUUAUUCAAAUAACUAUAGAUUUUUUUUUACUUAAUAUUGACAUCAUAUACCAGUGACGGGACAUUUUGUUGCAUUUUUUAAAGUUUCUCACAUAUUAAUGUUUCAGUUUGCAAGGAUCAGAUUCUUAGAUUCUGAUGAAAUUUCUGGGCUUGCUAACUUUUUUAAAAUAUUUUGAUAAAAUCUGUAUAUAAAGACAAGAAUUGAUAUAAAAUGAUAUAUACACAACUUUGUUAUUUAUAAAUGUAUUUCUGUUGUCAUUAUUUAAUUAUUUAUUUUUCAUAUUUCUUGAUGUAAACCACAAGGAACUCAUUGUAGUUAUAUUUGUCUGUCCUAAAUAACUGAGAAAUUAACCCUCAGUCUGUUUAUAUCUAAACAUUGAAACAUAUCAUAUUUUAUCUUAUUUUAUUAAAGAUACAUUAUGUUAGAUUUAGAUAAAGAACUAGCCGAUCUUGCUAUUUAAUAUCGGAGAAAUCUGAUGCCAUCGAGAGUUGAUUAAGGCCUGGAUCAGUUAAUUAAUGUCUAAUUAAUACUUUAGAAAACAUUUCAGGCCUAAAGAAAGACCUGCAAUAGGCAGAUUUAGCUCUUGCAUAAUGCAUGUUAAAUAUAUUUUCAGAUAAAAAAUUGUGGUAAAUAAUUUAAGAUAAAAAUUGCUGCCUCCGCCCCCCCCCCCCUUGAGAAGUAGAAUUAGUACAGCCGUAAAGCAUCCUGUUCCUGCAGCAGCUAUACCAAUCGGCUUGAGGUAACAUCAAGCAGCUACAGCCGACAAAAAACAGCCUCUUAAGAUCAGUGCUGUGCAGUUUGCAGGAUGGUCAAUGGUACAAGUUUUUAAAUUGUGCCAUGUCUGCACUUCCAUAUCUGCUUAUAUCUGAUAUGUGGUAGAAUCAAGCACAAAUAAUAUAUAUCAAUGAUUAGAGAGCCCUUGUGAUUACCCCAGUUUUGCUUAGUAUAAUUAUAUGAUUUAUUAUGAAAUUAGUCGUUAAAUAUAUCUGUUCAUUUACCUGACAUGAUUUGAUUUGGUAGGUCUGAUAUUUACAUUUACAUCAAAACAGCCUAUAUUAGACUAAUCAUGUUUCAGACAAAGAUGAAAGUAUACUGAACAGACAAGGUAAUUUUUGAAGUAAUUUUAAAUUGUUACUGAGACGAUACUAUCGUAACAGCAGUUAUUUUUUGUUUUAUUUUUUACUUUUGAGUAAUAAAAUAUUGUCUUCAGUAAA